AUGCCGAUGCAAGCGUUUCGUCGAUUGUCAUCCCUGACGUCGCACCUGCUCCCUCAAGAAGACACAGAAUUUGACUAUGUGAUUGUGGGUGGUGGCACGGUUGGCUGUGUACUCGCCAACCGUCUCACAGAAGACGCGGGUGUGUCUGUGGCUGUAAUUGAAGGUGGGCCAUCCGACGAAAAGGAAGACCGCGUGCUGAACCUGCGCCGCUGGCUCGAGCUACUGGACAGUGAUCUUGACUAUGGCUAUACUACGACUGAGCAGCCGCGUGGUAACUCGCACAUUCUUCACUCUCGUGCUCGUGUUCUUGGCGGCUGUUCCUCGCACAACACGCUGAUUUCUUUCUUCCCCUUCAAUGCGGAUCUCGACAACUGGCGCGACUAUUAUGGAUGUCCUGACUGGGAUGCCAAGACACUUCAACCGUACGGAUCGCGUCUCAAAAUGAACAUUGUACCCAUCGCACCUCAGCAGCGUAACCACGUUGUGCGUGACUGGGUCAAAGCCAGCUCAGAGGUGACAGGUGCGCCAGUGUUCGAGGAUAUGAAUGCGCAAAUCGCAUUCCGCGGUGGCUUCGACAAGGGUGUCGGCUUCUUUAACAUUUCGUACGAUCCGUACAAUGGCUAUCGCAGUAGUGCUAGCACGGCGUACAUGCAUCCCAUUCUGCCAAAUGGCAUGACGCCACGCAAAAACCUACAUAUGUUCUUUGAAACCUGGGCUCAUGCGCUGGAGUAUGAUGCUCAAGACCCUCUUCGCGUGCGUGGUGUGCGUGUCACUACGAAGAAUGGCGCGUCGAAGCUGAUCCGUGCUCGUCGCGAGGUGAUUCUCUGUGCGGGUGCCUUUGACACGCCACGCCUGCUCCUCUUAUCAGGUAUCGGUUCCAGGAGUGACCUGGAUAAGGUGGGAAUUCCUUGCCGCCACGAUUUACCGGGUGUUGGUCUCAACCUGAAUGAUCACCCCGAAUCGAUCAUUAUCUGGGAGACGCGCCACACCCCUCCAGAGACCGUCAUGUCGUCCGAUGCUGGUCUCUUUGUGCGUGCGCUACCACAGAAUGCCGAGCCGGUCCCGCACCCCGGCCCUGAUCUCAUGUUCCACAUCUACCAGGUGCCCUUCACGGAAAACACAGCCCGCGAAGGAUAUCCUUCGCCCGAGCAUGCUAUUUGCAUGACGCCUAAUGCCAUGCGCUCACGAGGACGCGGCAAGCUCUGGCUCGCAAGUUCUGAUCCUACGGCUAAGCCCAUGAUCGACUUCAAGUACUUUGAAGACAAAGAUGGCUACGACGAGCGCCUGAUGGUGGAAGGUAUCAAGAUCGCUCGCAAAGUGGCUCAACAAGAACCUUUCCGUCAGCACCUCGUCCGUGAGGUCGCUCCAGGCCCGGCUUGCCAGACGGACGAAGAGAUUAGCAAGUAUGCUCGCUCUGUUGCCCACACCGUGUACCAUCCUGCAGGCACAUGCCGCAUGGGAACGCCUAAUGAUGCUUCGGAAGAUGGCAAGACUGUGGUCGUGGACCAAAAAGACCUCAAGGUCGUCGGAAUGCGUUCCUUGCGCAUUUGUGACGCCAGCGUACUCCCCACGCUGCCUUCAGUGAAUCCCAUGCUGACCAUUCUCAUGGUAGGGGAGCGUGGCGCUGAGCUGAUUCGCAAGGAUGCGUGGGUGAAUGGCGAACGCCGCACGGAUUGGUAG